GACACGCUCACGGAGCCUAUACCUGCCUCUACUUGUCUGCUCUGGGUAGAUGGCUCGUGGCUUUUGGGUCGCCUCAUCCUGCAGCUCAGUCCAGUUAGACCCUUUCUUCCGUGGAGAGUGGCAAGCUGUGGGGUGAGGGAAUCUGCAAAGGUCACCCGUCUUCAGAGUAUGAAGGGCACUGCCCGGAGAGGGAAGAGGAUUAUAUUUAGUUUUCGGGCCCAGUCAGUGCUGGGCUCCCCACUGCCUCUCCUUUGCAGAACUGCCAGUGGCCCCUGGUUGCAAAUUCUCCGUGGCUUUGAAGCCCACAAAGCAAAAACUGAGAGAGUGUCCAAAAAGAAAAGAAGGAAACGUUGUUGGUCCCUGGAUUCCACUAUUGAAUUUUGGUGGGGAUGAAAAGAGAGGACGACUGGGUGUGAUCAAGCAAAGGUACCUGCACAGUAAGAUAUUGAGUUUUUUUACCCGACCCUCCACCACGAAAAAGAUUAUGAUUCACCGAAGGCUCAGAUGAUGUAAAGCAUUUUUAAAUUAAGCCCUUAAAGAAUGCGUUCCAGAAGCAGUGAUAUGGAGGGCUCAGCCCAAAAGCAAUUUCCAAGACUUAGUAAAGACCACAGUUUCCAAGGACCUAAGGACAUGAAGCAGAGACAGCAAGAAAAAGAUCCCACCAGUGAGGCAGAUGCAAUCCUUCCACAUCCUAAGUCACACAGUGGUAAUGGCCAUCAAGGAGAAGAUCUCUCAAGAGAUGACCUCUUAUUUCUUCUCAGCAUUCUGGAGGGAGAACUACAGGCUCGAGAUGAAGUCAUAGGCAUUUUAAAGGCAGAAAAAAUGGACUUGGCUUUGCUGGAAGCUCAGUAUGGGUUUGUCACUCCAAAAAAGGUGUUAGAGGCUCUCCAGCGAGAUGCUUUUCAAGCAAAAUCUGCUCCUUGGCUAGAGGACAUCUAUGAGAAACCAAUGAAUGAGUUGGACAAAGUUGUGGAAAAACAUAAAGAAUCUCACAGACGAAUCCUGGAACAGCUUUUACUGGUAGAAAAAUCUCAUAGGCAAACCAUAUUGGAGCUGGAGGAAGAAAAGAGAAAACAUAAAGAGUACAUGGAGAAGAGUGAUGAAUUCACGAGCCUACUGGAGCAGGAACGUGAAAGAUUAAAGAAGCUGAUUGACCAAGAAACUGAAUCCCAGGAGAAGAAGGAGCAAGAAAAGGAGAAGAAGGUCACCGCCCUGAAAGAGGAGCUGACCAAACUGAAGUCUUUUGCUUUGAUGGUGGUAGACGAACAACAAAGGCUGACAGCACAGCUUGCCCUUCAAAGACAGAAAAUCCACGACCUAACCACAAGUGCGAAGGAAACACAUGCUAAACUAGCCCUUGCUGAAGCCAGAGUUCAGGAAGAAGAGCAGAAGGCAACCAGACUAGAGAAGGAACUGCAAACACAGACCACAGAGUUUCACCAGAACCAAGAAGCAAUUAUGGCGAAGCUCACCAAUGAGGACAGCCAAAAUCGCCAGCUUCGACAAAAGUUGGCAGCACUCAGCCGGCAAAUUGAUGAGUUAGAAGAGACAAACAGGUCUUUACGAAAAGCAGAAGAGGAGCUGCAAGAUAUAAAAGAAAAAAUCAACAAGGGAGAAUAUGGAAACUCUGGUAUCAUGGCUGAGGUGGAGGAGCUCAGGAAACGUGUACUAGAAAUGGAAGGGAAGGAUGAAGAGCUCAUAAAAAUGGAGGAGCAGUGCAGAGAUCUCAAUAAGAGGCUCGAAAAGGAAACAUCACAGAGUAAAGACUUUAAACUCGAGGUUGAAAAACUCAAUAAAAGGAUUACGGCUCUAGAAAAAUUAGAAGAUGCUUUCAACAAAAGCAAACAAGAAUGUUACUCUCUGAAAUGCAAUUUAGAAAAAGAAAGGAUGACCACAAAGCAGUUGUCUCAAGAAUUGGAGAGUUUAAAAGUAAGGAUCAAAGAGCUAGAAGCCAUUGAAAGUCGGCUGGAAAAGACAGAAUUCACUCUAAAAGAGGAUUUAACUAAACUGAAAACAUUAACUGUGAUGCUGGUAGAUGAACGGAAAACAAUGAGUGAAAAAUUGAAGCAAACUGAAGAUAAGUUACAAGCUGCCUCUUCUCAACUUCAAGUGGAGCAAAAUAAAGUGACAAUGGUUACUGAGAAGUUAAUUGAGGAAACUAAGAGGGCACUGAAGUCCAAAACUGAUGCGGAAGAAAAAAUGUACAGUGUAACCAAGGAGAGAGAUGAUCUGAAAAACAAACUGAAAGCCGAAGAAGAGAAAGGAAACGAUCUCCUGUCCAAAGUUAAUAUGUUGAAAAAUAGGCUUCAAUCAUUGGAAGCAAUUGAGAAAGAUUUCCUGAAAAACAAAUUAAAUCAAGAUUCUAGUAGGUCCACAACAGCAUUACACCAAGAAAACAAUAAGAUUAAAGAGCUCUCUCAAGAAGUGGAAAGACUGAAACUGAAGUUAAAGGAUAUGAAAGCUAUUGAGGACGACCUCAUGAAAACAGAAGAUGAGUAUGAAACCCUAGAACGAAGGUAUGCUAACGAACGAGACAAAGCUCAAUUUUUAUCUGAAGAGCUGGAACAUGUUAAAAUGGAACUUGCCAAGUACAAGUUAGCAGAAAAGACAGAGUCCAGCCAUGAACAAUGGCUUUUCAAAAGGCUUCAAGAAGAAGAAGCUAAAUCAGGGCACCUCUCAAGAGAAGUGGAUGCACUGAAAGAGAAAAUUCAUGAAUACAUGGCAACUGAGGACCUGAUAUGUCACCUCCAGGGAGAUCAUUCAGUUCUGCAAAAGAAACUCAAUCAACAAGAAAACAGGAACAGAGAUUUAGGAAGAGAGAUUGAAAGCCUCACUAAAGAGUUAGAGAGGUACCGGCAUUUCAGUAAGAGCCUCCGGCCAAGUUUCAAUGGAAGAAGAAUCUCUGACCCUCAAGUAUUUUCUAAAGAAGUUCAAACAGAAGCAGUAGACAGUGAGCCACCCGAUUACAAGAGUCUCAUUCCUUUGGAACGAGCAGUUAUCAACGGUCAGUUAUAUGAGGAGAGUGAGGACCAGGAUGAGGACCCUAAUGAUGACGAAUCCGUGCUGUCCUUCAAAUGCAACUCAUCUACUUCCUGUCCUGUUAACAGGAAGCUAUGGAUUCCUUGGAUGAAAUCCAAAGAGGGCCAUCCUCAGAAUGGAAAAAUACAAACUAAACCCAAUGGCAACUUCGUGCAACCUGGAGAUCUAGUCCUAAGCCACACACCUGGGCAGCCACUUCAUAUAAAGGUUACUCCAGACCAUGUCCAAAACACAGCUACUCUUGAAAUCACAAGUCCGACCACAGAGAGUCCUCACUCUUACACAAGCACAGCAGUGAUACCAAACUGUGGUACCCCAAAGCAAAGGAUAACCAUCCUCCAAAACGCCUCCAUAACACCAGUGAAAUCUAAAACCUCUGCUGAAGGCCUCAUGAAUUUAGAGCAAGGCGUGUCCCCAAUUACCAUGGCAACCUUUGCCAGAGCCCAGACCCCAGAGUCUUGUGGUUCCAUAACUCCAGAAAGGACAAUGUCACCUAUUCAGGUUUUGGCUGUGACUGGUUCAGCUAGCUCUCCUGAGCAGGGACGCUCCCCAGAGCCAAUAGAAAUCAGUGCCAAGCACGCGAUUUUCAGAGUCUCCCCUGACCGGCAGUCAUCAUGGCAAUUUCAACGUUCAAACAGUAAUAGUUCAAGUGUGAUAACUACUGAGGAUAAUAAAAUCCACAUUCACUUAGGAAGUCCUUACAUGCAAGCUGUAGCCAGCCCCGUGAGACCUGCCAGCCCUUCAACACCACCACAGGAUAACCGAACUCAAGGCUUAACUAAUGGGGCAUUAAAUAAAACCACCAAUAAAGUCACCAGCAGUAUUACUAUCACACCAACAGCCACAACUCUUCCUCGACAAUCACAAAUUACAGUAAGUAAUAUAUAUAACUGACGACCCUCACCCUCAUCCAGUCUAUACUGAUAUUAUUGCAAGGAACUCAAUCCUUUUUAAUGAUCCCUCCACAUCCCCAAAAAGGCUGACUGAACUUGUACUUUGGGAAGGUUUAUGCAUGAACUAUCCAACAAGAGUAUCUGCAACUAACUAAGUGUUGCCUGCAUAGUCAUACCAAGUGUGCACUUACUGUAUAUCUUUUCAUUUACAUACCUGUAUGGAAAAUAUUUAGUCUGCACUUGUAUAAAUACAUCUUUAUGUAUUUCAUUUUCCAUAACUCACAUUAAUUUGACUGCAACUUGUCUUGGUAAAAUACUUUAACAUUAUAAAACAGUAAAUAAUUUGUUAUUUUUA